AUGAACGGGGGUGGAAGAGGCGGCAGGGAGAUGUCCAACUGCGUGGAGUGUAGUAUUGACGCGUACGAUGACGAAGGAGGAUUUACAUCCACCACCAUCCUUAUCGAGACAUGUCGCUCAGACGCUGGAAGCAGCAGGCGCAGCAGUAAGAAGAGUACGAGCACAAUGCGUACUCGGCGGAGAAAAAAGAUGCAGAAACAGCUGCAGCAGCAGCAGCAGCAGCAGAUUUGGCUUACAGGAGAAGGGGAGGAUUUUUUUCAACAGUCAUCUUAUCCCCCCACACGACAUGCAUCAUCUAGCGGGCGGGCACGCUGCAGUGUGAAGACACCCUUUUCCUCUGGUACUGCAGGGGCACCGUACAAUAAGAAGUUGCGCAAGAAGAACAUGCAGCAGCAACAACAACAACGCCACCACUUUUCGUUUGGGUGUAAAACGGCUACAAAUAAUGGCGGGGAGACGAGCUCUUCUUCUUUUUUCAUCUCUCCCACACACCGUGUAGUAGCAGAAGCAACAACGCCGUGGAAUAACGCAUACGGCACUUCUGCAGGGCGUUACCAUUUCUUCGGUCAGGGCGGUCUUCCGACGAAUGUUUCGCGUGGUACGACGCGUCGCAAACGUGACGACGACAAUGACGAUGACAUGGACGAUAAGUCAUUUCCAUCGAAUUUGGGACGGCGGGAUCGUGCAGCGUUUGGAGGAGGCAGUCGCCUGUUGGCACCACUCCGUUCGCCUUCCGUGUUGCCGCCAUUAGAGCUUUUGCCGGCUAGCAGAGUUGAAAUUAGCAGCGACUUGUUGGAGAGCUGUUUGUUGGAUGCUUGUCUGGGUGAUGACGAUGAUUCCUUGUUUUUUUUUGAGUAG